AUGAUACGGAUCCAUGUACAGCUUCGAUGUGUCUUGGGGAAGAGUGUGCAGGUGAUGGCGCUCCCGUUUACCUAUCCUUCCUGGUGGAAAAGUGCAUGGGUUUGGAAGAGCAUGAAACAUCUAAGAAAGACCAUGCAUGCACCAGCGAAUGGUCUCUUUUAUGCCAUCUGCUACCCCAUCCUGGCAGCUAUUGGCGUCCCUGCUAACUUGAUGGUGAUUCUAAUUCUAAUCCGAGGACGGUGCGGCCUUUCUCUGUGCAUCACUUACUACCUGGUGGCAAUAGCAGUGAGUGAUUUUCUUGUCAUCAUCACUGCUGUCAUCCUCAACCGGAUCAGCCGCAUUUACUUUCAGAACAGUGUCCUGUCCAUCACCCCCAUGUGCAGUGUCAGUUCAGUGCUUGUUUAUUCUACACGGGAUGGCUCAGUCUGGCUGACCGUGGCCUUCACUAUUGACCGUUUUAUAGCCAUCUGUUGCCAAAGCCUUAAGACUACAUAUUGUACCGAGAAAACCGCUUCACUGAUUAUCGGGUUGAUCUGUGUCAUAAGCUGGGCUAAGAAUAUCCCUUUCUUCUUUGUCUAUCAGCCUUUGUACGUCUUGGAUGGGGUGCCCUGGUUCUGUGACAUCAAGUCUAUCUUCUAUACGUCGCCAAUCUGGCAGGCCUAUGACUGGUUGGAUCACAUCCUAACCCCAUUUCUUCCAUUCUUCCUCAUUCUCGUGCUCAAUGCCCUGACAGUGAGACACAUUUUUGCAGCCAACAGGGCCCGGAGGAGGCUCCGGCGUAAUGGGAAUCAUGAAGACCCAGAGAUGGCCAAUCGCAAGAAGUCCAUUGUCCUGCUUGUCACUAUCUCACUUAGCUUCCUCCUCCUGUGGGCUACCUAUGUUGGACAAUUCCUCUUUGUGCGGGUCACAAAUGAAGGCUACUACACAAGCCUGAAUUUCAAUAACCCACAAUACAUCCUGCAAGAGACGACCAAUAUGCUCCAGUUACUCAGCUCCUGCAACAAUGUCUUCAUCUACGCGGUGUCACAGAUUAAAUUUCGAGAGGAACUGAAGAAGAUGCUGAUGUGUAUAUUCACCAUGCCCAUUGCUCGGAUUAAACAGUUAUGA